AUGCAAGUAGCAGUACCUGGUUAUGAAGUGCCAAGUAAUGAGGAUAUCAACGCUAUGCUCAAGUCGGUGGAUGAGCACGAGCCGGGAGAGAGGGAGUCUUUCGAGAAGCACAACCUGCUGUGCCAAAUUUGUACAAAGGGAUCGCUCAUUGCCAACGUCUUCCUUGCCGCGCUGCAGCUGUACGGUGCCAUUUCCUCCGGCUCGCUUUCGCUCAUCACCACCUGCGCUGACUCCGUCCUGGAUCCCAUGGCCGGCCUCAUGCUGUACAUGUCCCACCGUGCCGUGGACAAGGUCGACCACCACAAGUUUCUCUCUGGCCGCGCGCGAAUUUCGACGGCGGGCAACAUCGUCUUCUCGUUCAUCAUGUUCUCCAUCUCCCUCGUCCUGAUCGUCCUGUCUGCGCGUGACCUCGCCGCCGGCUCCCAGGUAGAAACCAACGGCUUCCACCUACCUUCAGUGAUAGCCGUCACCUGUGCUUUCGCCACGAAGCUGGGCCUGUUCUUCUUGUGCUGGACGCGGCUUGUUGUGGAAGUCGACAUUGUCAUUGAUCGCAAUGAGCGGCUCGAGUCAUGA